AUGAAGUUCCUUGUGGCCCUAGCUGUGGCUCUGGCAACGUCUGCUCAUGGAGCCGCUGUGUCUCCGGUCGACAAGACAGAUCCGAUUGCUGAGCCCAGACCUGAUGCUGACAGACCCUUGGUAUACCGAAAGGGGCCUCAGGUCACGGAUGCUACGGGGGCGCUCCUCAACCCGGACCUGGUACUUGAACUCGGCAGCAAGGCCAAGGCCAAGUGCAUGUACGACAUGGACACUUUCGUCGAGUCCAACCUCAACUACGGCAGUGACGGCGGUCUUUACGCCGAAAUGAUCCGCAACCGUGCCUUCCAGUCUCCCGCCGACGGUGUCUUCGGAGUUGGAGCCAAAGACACGAUUGGCUCUGGCUCGCUGACUGCUUGGCAGCCAGUUGGCGACUCGAAGCUCGAGUUGAUUACCGACACGCCUGAGACGCAGCUUUCGACCGCGCUUCCCAAUUCGGCCAAGAUCACUUGCGACAGCAAGAAGGAUGCGCCUUGUGGCAUCAAGAACUUUGGCUUCUUUGGCAUGCCCGUUCAGACAGACAAGUACAACGCAAGCUUCUACAUUCGCACCGACAAGCCGGGAACCUACCGCGUCAAGUAUGGUCUCUUUAGCGCCGAUCUGACCACUCCUUGGGCUACCGUAGACGAGCCCAUUGAGAUCGGCACGCGUUGGACCCCCGUGAACAAGGUGAUCAGGCCGGCCAAGUCCGCGGACGGUAUCAACAACGUCUUUGCCAUCCAGACCAACGCUGAGACCGGCUCAUUCCAGGUCAACUUCGUCAGCCUCUUUCCCGCCACGUUUGACGGCACGGUUGUCAGGAAGGACGUCGCGUCGAUGAUGCAGACGUUCAAGCCCAAGGCCAUCCGAUGGCCCGGUGGUAACGACCUUGUGGGCCACACCAUCGCUUCUCGCUUCCAGUGGAACAACACAAUCGGUCCUUUGAUCCAUCGACCCGGUCGUCUUGGGAACUGGGCUGGCUGGAACACGGACGGACUUGGUGUUGUCGAGAUGUACAACUUCAUCGAGAAGAUCGGCGCUCGUCUGAUCGUUGGUCUCUGGGCGGGUGUCGAUGCCAACGGCAACUCGGUCCCUCUCAAGGAGCUUGACCCGUACAUCCAGCAGCAGGUCGACUUUGUGCACUUCCUUCUUGACACCGAGGGCAAGUUUGCCGAAUUGCGAGUCAAGGCCGGAGGUCCGCAGAAGCCGUACGAUGUACAGGCCUUUCUCCUCGGCAACGAAGGCGAACUCCAGCCUGCCGUCGACUACCAGAUCAGAUUUGAUAUGAUGACCAAGAGGCUCAAGAAAGAGUUUGCUAGCCACAAGGGCUUCGACGAGAUCGAUCUGAUUGCUUCCGCCGCUGUCGCCGUGCCUACGGGUUACAAGUACCGCGUCGACCUGCUCAAUCAGCCAAUCUACGGCACCCCCACCGACUUUGUCGACAAGUACCACAUGUACGACGACGCCUCGCGCACCAACAACACGGUCUUCUACAGCAUGGAGUUCGCCGUCAUCAACUCUGGCCUGGAGGCCGACGACAAUAUCUGGUUCGGUCCUGGCCGACUCCAUCACAGCAUUCUGCAAGGCUCUCUAGCCGAGUCGAUCUUUAUCUUGGGAAUGGAGAACAACUGCGACAUCGUCCGCGGAGCCGCCUAUGCCCCCGAGCUGUCCAACGAGUCAGACCAGCGCGCCUCUCAGUCGACGCCCGGGAUGCUCGAGUUCGAUACCACCAAGGUGGUCGGCUCGACCUCGUGGUUGAUGCAGAGCCUUGUGAGUGCCAACCGGAUCAGCCAGAGCUUGCUCGUCAAGAACAGCAAGGAGCUGGAGGCGGCCAAGGUGUACGUCUCUGCUGGUAUCGACGCGCAGGGCCAGGUGGUGGUGAAGCUGGUCAACUACAGCGAGAAGGGCAUGAGCCUGUCGAUCGACGCCGGCGUGCCUGUGUCAAACCCGGAGUGCAACCAGGUGGCAGGUCAGGGUCCCCUAGACUCGAACACGCUCGAGAAGCAGCCGAUCCACAAGGAGGGUUGCCAGGCCAAGACAUCGGGUUCGCAUGUGAACGUUGAGCUGAGCAAGUGGUCGUUCACCGUGGUCAAGGCUGCCACCUCGGCUCCUGAGCCGUACAACCCUUGA